AUGCAGCGAACAAUAGCUUUUUGGGCCUUAAUCGUUGUGCUCUUAUUUAUUUCUGUGCACGCCGAGCAAGUGCCGGUUGGACCACCUGAAGCGCUUUCAUCCAAAACGGAGCAUCAACAUUUCCAAAGACUGCUUCAAAGUAGCUGGGAUGAGAUCGACUUUACAGAUAUCGAUUCUCACAAGGCUGCCCGGAGUGGGUUAGAUCAGCUCGUCAAAGAUGGCAGUCAUAUGGAAUUGCGCUGGGCCAAAAUGUUUGAAAAGGCCAAGACACCUGAAUGUCGAGCAAAGAUUGCAACCCAUUUUGGGUAUUUCUACAACGCAAUUGCAUCAGAACAAUCGAUGCCAUUUAGUACUGCGAAAUUUGAAAACAAGUGCCCGGAACCGUUCUACGAUUGGGAAAAUUUACCACCCGAUAUGCACGUUGGGCAUGUUCAGAACCGAACUUACCAGCCGCCCCGAGAAAACGCCACAUACAUUGACGAUCCGAAAGAUCUGCGUUUCUUGUACGCAAUUUUGACUCACGGCGAGUGGCAUUCUACCAUUCGACUUAUUGAAACUCUCUACGAGGAUGGACAUGUUUUUGUUGUGCACGUAGACGGCAAGGAAAAUUCUGAUGAGACUUACAAAGCUCUGCAAAAGUACGCUGCCACAAGAGAUCAUGUCCACGUACUUGGAUCAUCCUUCCGUGUUCGCGUAAACUGGGGAGGCUUUUCAAUGGUCAACGCGACGCUGCAAAUCUUACAAUAUUCGUUCAACGUGAACGGGCACUGUUCACGACAACGAGACCCACUGGUAUUCGACAAGGUUAUCCACUUAGCUUCCUCCUCGUAUCCCUUGGCGACACGAUCUGAAAUUCGUCAGCGUAUAGCGUCAUUUCCUUUGGAUGCCAAUUUCUUGCACGUAAUUAUGAAACCAACUCGCCCCAGCCCUGAUGUUUGGCAUUACUUUGUUGAAUGUGACGACAGUUUACACCGUAUUUACCGUCUCAACCCGUUGAACAACCACACGAACGGUAUGGAGCUUUUCACUUCAUCUCAAUGGUUCAUCAUUUCUCGCGAAUUUGCUGAAUAUUUAGCUCGUGCCGAAGCAGGAACCUUCGUACACCAGUAUCUCGACUACAUUGAGCAUGUUGUAGUCGCCGACGAAACCUUCUUUGGUACCGUCCUUCGGCACACUCCUUUCUGUUUGAAGCAUCAUAAUCGUAACUUUUUACACUUGCAGUUUGAUCGGUGGGAGUCAGAGCUUCCGUCGAAUGAUCGCGAUCCUCGGAAGUGCAUGAUGCUUGAUCCCAAUCAUUGCGGGCGGUCACCUACCACGCUUACGGCCGACUAUGCAGACAUAUUGGAGCUCAGCGACGAUUUGUUUGCUCGAAAAUUUGUGGAGCACAUAUCGGACUUCGAAGGCAAAUCGGAAGAAGAGGUACCUGAGCAUAAUGUCAAAGACAUUGUUGAUGAUUGGCGAAAGCGUCGGGGCACCAGCAAGCAAGGAAGUAACUCUUCGACUACACUUUCGGGACAACCGCAAAUGACCUUCGAAGGACACGGUGUUUUGCUGGUUGCUAGAGAGACGCUCGGGAUUGACGGUGGCGAUAGACAACCGGUUCCCUUGUGCUUGGGUUUGGGAGAAACUGGCAACAACUUACAUCUCGUGCCGUGUUUUCACGAUUGGGUGAUACCGACGCUGGCGCCCAACUGGGAAUUCGGUGCCGUAAUUGAAGCCGAAACAAUACCUCACAAUCGCUGGGAGAUGCAACCCUGUACAUCGGAUGGUCACCUAGAACGAUUAGAUUCCGGUGAAAUUGAAGUGACACCCGGUAAUUACUCAAUUACGGGACCGCGAUGCAUGUUGAAAAUGAUGGAAGGUAUACGUGCGGGGCGAUGUUUUGACGGGGAUUCUGGUAAUUCGCAACCUGGAGGAGAAGUGCAAGUAUUUCCAUGUGUUCACCGCUGGGUACAGUUCCUGUCUGUUGGCGACGGGAGACUAGCACCCAAGGGAAGCCUAUUCUUCACCAUUCCGCUCCACAUCGUUCGACAGAUCCAUAGGAUGGGACAUGAACAAAGUCCUCACAUGUGCUUGGGGGUGUGGGGGCGUGGAAAUAAAGACGAAGUGGAUUGGAAAGACGAAUCGCAAGCCUUUUCACAAGAAAGGAAAGAAAACCCAGUAGAUGGGUGGAAGCCGUUGUCGGAGUGGGAAGGAGAAGAACUUUUCUCAACACAAUGUAGCAAUGUCGGGGCAGUCGUAGAAUGGAUUUUUGUGCCGUUCAUAGUAGAAGAUAAUCUUUCCGCGGACGACGGUACCGACAUCGACGCUACUACAGACGCAGACGAAGUUAUGUUUGGACCUGCCACAACAACUGAAGACACAAUGAAUACAGCCCACGAAACCGUGAUUGACGAUAAUGGUGCAGCUCCAGAACGAAUUGGCGAUGAGCUAUGA